AUGCUUAAAACGAGGAUAGCUACAGUGGAGGCGAUGCUGAAGAGCUUACAGCAUGAGAGGGAGGGAAUGGGUGAAGGGAGGGGGGUAUCUGAGGAAAAGGAGGAGGGAGAAGGGGAGAGGGAGGGGAGAGGUGGGAGGGGGGAAGAGGAGGAUGAUUUACCAUCGUGGGUGGAUACUGCUGGCGCUGCUGCUGUUGCCGGUGGUGCUAGAGGCAGCAGCGUGGGGGGAAGUGAAGCAGGGAGAGAGAUGGUGGUGGAAGAGGAUGAGUCUGAGCAGCCCCUUCUCCCCCACCACUCCUCUCUCACCCAUAUACCCUCCCUCCCCACCUCUUGCUCGCUCCCCUCACCUCUCCCUCACCCUCUCCCUCACCCUCCCCACCUCCUCGCCCUCCCCCAUCCCACUCAGGCACUCAAUACCACUCGCAACGAUUCUUCCUCUCCUCCUCUCUCACCCACCACUACCCUCCCUCCCCACCUCUCCCUCCUCCUCUCUCACUUCACUCCCUCACACCUACCCCCCAUCUGUCGCACCGACCCGGCAACCCACUCCCUCUCCCCCAUCUCUGCUUCUCUCUUCCCCCCUCCCCCCCGCCUCAUCCCCUGGAACCCCCACCCCCACCGCUACCUGCUUGCCACAUGCACACAUGGCCGCACCUCCAACCACCUGCUCUGCAUUCGAAGGUGGGUACUCCCUCCCUUGCCGUCACCCUCACUCCUCUUCCUGCGACCGCCUCUUUAUUCCUCCUCGCAACCUUUCCCCUCUGUACCUCGCCUUUGCAGCUCUGCUAAACCGCUCUCUGCUGCUGCCAGUAGUGCACCCCGCCUCUCCUGCUGGUGCUCCACCAUGGGCUCAGGCAAGGGAGCCACGUGGACAAGCUCUGCUGGCUCUUCCGUUGCUAAACCCUCCUUCCCCUCCUCCCUCCCCUUCCUCUUCAGGUACCUCGCCUUUGCAGCUCUGCUAAACCGCUCUCUCCUGCUGCCAGUUGUGCAACCCGCCUCUGGUGGUGGUGCUUCUCGGAAUGAGGGGGCAUGCACCUCUCCACACUCACUCCCCGACGCAUCAGUCAGCGGCUUACCCCUCUCGAGAGUGCAGAGCUACAUGCGCAGGCGGCUUGUGGGCAGAGAGAGAAGGUCUGGGUCGUCUCAGAUCAGGGGUUAUCUUGCUGCCAAUAUACCUGAUAGGAGGGCACUUGGAGCAUCAGGUGUGGCAAAACCGUCAGGUGUACUAUCAGGUGUUUUAUCAGGUGCGCCGCCAGAGUGGAUGGACCUGGGAGUGGCUCUGGACGUGGCAGGCCUGCAGCAGUGUGUGGGGCAGGGGCGAGUGCUCACUGUGGACGCAUACCUCAGAGGCGAGGGGCGGUUUAUUCGCGAGGCACCAUGGGCAAAGCUGUUACCCCAUAAUGAUGAUGAUGAUGGCGUCUCCUUUGGUGGUGAUCCUGAUGCCGGUGCCAAUCAGAGUGACGGUGGUGGUGGUGGUGGUGGUGGUGGUGGUGGUGGUGGUGGUGGUGGUGGUGGUGGUGCGGCUGCUGCUGCUGCUGCUGCUGCUGCUGCUGCUGCUGCUGCUGCUGCUGCUGCUGCUGCUGCUGCUGCUGCUGCUGCUGCUGCUGCUGCUAGUGAAGCCAAUAUCAACAACCCGGCCCAUCUCGCCAGCAUCUGUACGGCGCCCCCCAUCCCUGCCGCCAACGUGACUCUCCGCCAGUUCCUCUCCUUCUUUGGCCCUCGCACAGAGGAGGUCAUUGGGCUGGGAGACGUCUUUGAGGUCACGGGGAAGGUGGAUGUGGGGGAAGUGAGGGAGGAAGUGGGGAAGAUGGGGGAGAUGGGGGAGAUGGGGGAGAUGGGGAAGGAGAUGGGGGAGGUGGGGAAGGUGGGGGAGGAUCUGGGGGGAGUGGACAGCUUGCGGGCAGAGUUGCUGACUGAAGGUCACGCGAGUUCAGACGGUCUGCCGGGUCUGUACGAUGGUCUCAACGGUGCCGUCCCCAUCCUGCCGCCCUGUCGCCUCGCCAUGCGUCCGCAUCCCGCCGCCCUCUCCGCUGCACGCGUUCGCGCGGCGUGUGCUCGGCACACGCUUCGCCGCCCUGCACCUGCGACGGACGGAUUUCGCGACGCACUGCUUGAGGCCGGGCUUCCGGUGCUGGUUACCACUGUCUCAGAUCGCUAG